UUAUUUUUUCAAAUAUAGUUGCGUGUGAAUUUAGUCAUUCUAUUAUUAAUAUAUGUGUCAUUUAUUUAUCAUAAUGUCGAAUAUAUUCGUACAGUAAGAGAUAAAAAAAUCUUCAAUGAUAAAAAACGAACUUACUUCUGACAUGGAAAAUGCUGAAUUCAAAGUUAAACGAAAGUAUUUUAAAUUAGAGGAUUUUAAAAGAUUUUAUAUUACACAAAGAAAAUUCGAAAAUCAGUACUCUAAUAUUUAUAAUUGUCGAUUAAAUGCUCUAAAGGAAACUCUAAAGAAUCGAGCUAUAGAAAAUUGGGGUCGUCAUGGAAUUUUUCAAAUAUCCAAUCUUUCUGAACUCGACAAUAGUAGAGAACAAAUCAUUAUUAUAGGUACUAUAUAUAAACAUCAAGAAUUAAAGCCAUCAAUUUUGAAAGAACUCAGUAAUGAACUUCAAUUAAUUCCUCAACCUACACGAUCAAACUUUUAUUCUGAUAAGGAUCAAUUAUUUCUUGAGGAUGAAAUGCUCAGAGUUAAAUUGUCAGGUUGCCACAUGGAUCCUAAAACUAUGUUAACUGGUUGUGUAUGUGCUGUCAUAGGCUUUUUACAAAGUGACGGAACUUUUUGGGUUGAAGAUUAUUGCAUGCCAGGAAUGAUUGUAAAACCAUCGGUGUCCUUCUCUUCAAAAAUGGAGGGGAAAAUACUAUUUCUAUCAGGACUAAAUCUAGCAAGUAACCCUAAUUCAAUGCAUUAUGAACUUUUAAUAGAAUGGAUAACUGGAAUGGCAGGGAAUAGUGAAACUCAGCAAGAUGUUGCAUCUAUUGCUUUAGUAAUUAUUGCCGGUAAUAGCGUGAGAGGGUCAAUGGAAAUUUUUAAUUAUAAAGGAUAUUCCGAGGCUAAAAGUAAACGAGAAGAAUCUAUUUUAGAAACAAUAUUAGCGACAAACAAAUUUGAUGAUUUACUGAGUGAAAUUGUAAAAACAUGUUGUGUUCUUGUGAUGCCCGGUGAAUUUGAUCCUUCCGGUCAUUCUUUACCACAACAACCCUUUCAUGGUUGUACUUUACCAAAGAGUUCUAGAUAUCAAUGUUUUCAUAGCAUCACAAAUCCUUGGAUAGGAAAAAUUGGUACUUGUGUUGUAGCAGGGUCAAGUGGACAGCCGAUAAAUGAUAUCAUAAAAGUCACAGGUCUUGUUGAUUGCUCUCCAAUUGACUGGCUUGAGAAAACAUUGAAUUGGAGGCAUUUUGCUCCCACCGCCCCUGAUACUCUUGCAGCUUACCCUUAUUUCGAUAGUGAUCCCUUCAUAAUGCAAGAGUGCCCGGAUGUUUAUUUUGUAGGAAAUAUGAAGGACUACUCGACAAAGUUAUCUAUUGGACAAGAGGGACAACAAGUAAGAUUAAUCGGUAUUCCUGAGUUUUCCAAGACACACACGGCAGUUUUAGUUGACUUGGAUUCUUUAGAUGCUCAACCUAUAUCUUUUGGAACAAACUAAUCAAACUUGAACAGAAGAUCUUGAUGAUGUAGGCGUGUUCAUAUUGAGGCAAUCAUUCAUACGAUCAGAUGUCUCCCCAUCAAUUCCCGGAGUUUGAACAUUCGCUGAUUGCUCGUCACUUCUCAUUGCGCAAAUUACAUCCGUCA